GAGACUGCACACAUCUAUGAGGCUGUGAUUACAACAAUACAACAUCUCAGGCUUCCAGGUCUUUAUCUAAGGAGAUGGAAAGAAAUACACAUUUUAACAACCUGUCUCUUGCUGGCUUUUGGAUAGCUCUGUUGUGUUGUUUAGCCCUGUGUCAUGCAGCACCUACCGUUGCUCCAACAGUUGCACCAGAGGACGAAGACCUGGCUGAGGGAUACCUCUCUCAGUUCUACGAUGAUGUUGGGAUGACAAACUCCUCAACCAGAAAGAUCGUACUGAGAAACUUCACUGAGGAUCUACAGUCCAUGCAGUCUUUCUUUGGCCUUGAGGUGACUGGUGUCUUGAACAAUGAAACCAUUGAGAUGAUGAAGGCACCCAGGUGUGGUGUGUCAGACAUCAGCCGAUAUGGACACUUCGACGGGAAACCCAAAUGGGAGAAAAGGCUGAUUACAUACAGGAUCACUCAGUACACUCCAGAUCUGACCCAGAGACAAGUGGAUGCAACCAUUGCUCAGGCCUUCCAGAUCUACAGUGAUGUCAUCCCUCUGGACUUUAAACAAAUCAGCUCUGGUACUGCAGACAUCAUGAUUCUCUUCAGGGGUGGAUAUCAUGGGGACUUUUACCCCUUUGAUGGCAGAGGUGGAGUCUUGGCUCAUGCUAACUCUCCAGGCAGGGGUCAGGGAGGGGACACGCACUUUGAUGAUGAUGAAGCCUGGACUCUCACCCAAAGAGGAGUGAAUCUGCUGCUGGUGGCAGCUCAUGAAUUUGGCCAUGCUCUGGGUCUGGAUCACUCCAGGGACAAGCGUGCACUUAUGUUCCCCACUUAUCAAUACGUCAACACAAAUGGAUACAGGCUGCCAGAUGAUGACAGGCGUGGGAUUCAGGCCCUCUAUGGCAGCCGAACACCAGCUCCCACAACAUCAUCUAAACCUAAACCACGUCCUCGCCCAGAGCCUGAACCAGAGCCAGAGGAACCCACUGAGGAUCCAAACCCCGACCCUCUACCCAACCCCGGAAGUGAGCAGUGCAGCCGCAGCCUGGUGUUUGACGCUGCUACCUCCAUCAGGGGAGACCUGUUCUUUUUCAAAAAUGGAUACUACUGGAGAAAAAGUUCGAGCUUCCAAGGUAUUCGUUUAACCAAAGUGAACACAAAAUGGUCAAGAAUCCACUCCGUUGAUGCUGCAUAUGAAGUCUCUUACAAGGAUGUGGUGUAUCUUUUUGAAGGUCGUCAAUACUGGGGCAUAAGAGCUUAUGCAAAGACAAUCAUAUCAGGCUAUCCAAAACCUCUUACCAACCUUGGGCUCCCAUCUUGGGUCAAUAAGGUGGACGCAGCAGUUUAUGAGUCAACUACUAGAAAAACACUAAUAUUUGUGAAUAACCAAUAUUGGAGCUUCGACGAGGGACGGAACCAAAUGGACCCUGGAUACCCACGAUACAUCAGAACAGAUUUCCCUGGCAUAGGCUCCAAAGUAGACGCAGUCUUUGAGAAUUAUGGAUAUCUUUAUUUCUCUAAUGGUGCCAGACAGAGCGAGUACUACCUGCCUCAAAAGAGAGUGAUGAGAGUACUGCUCAACUACGGCUGGCUCAACUGUUACUGAGAAUUUGGAAACACAUCGACAGAAAUAUAUCCAAUAUAUAAAUGCAUUUAACAUGACAAACUCAUGU